UCGCCCCCCCUGCACCUGCUUGCCGGAUCCCUGUUUUAUUUCAAGAUAAAAUCCGAGAGGAGGGGGGGAAACCCCCACACAGCAAAUUUAAAACACCCACCCCCCCCCCGAACAAAUUCAUGCCAGUGGAUGCCGGAGGAGGAUUGGGAUUUUGUAAGCGAUGCAAGUGCGAUAAGGCUGGAGUUUCCCCCCGGAACCUGAAGGAGGAUCGCUAGGUGUUUCCAAAAGGAAGCGGGGCUGCAGGAUGAAUAAGAGAUACUUACAGAAAGCAACAAAAGGAAAACUGCUAAUAAUAAUAUUUGUUGUAACACUGUGGGGGAAAUUAGCAUCUGGGGCAAAUCACCACAAAGCUCACCAUGUUAAAACUGGAACCUGUGAGGUGGUGGCUCUCCACAGAUGUUGUAAUAAGAACAAGAUAGAAGAAAGGUCACAGACAGUCAAGUGCUCCUGCUUUCCUGGGCAGGUAGCGGGUACCACCAGAGCAGCUCCUUCUUGUGUUGAUGCUUCAAUAGUGGAACAGAAAUGGUGGUGCCACAUGCAACCAUGUCUUGAAGGGGAGGAAUGUAAAGUUCUUCCAGAUCGGAAAGGAUGGAGCUGUUCCUCUGGGAAUAAAGUGAAAACAACUAGGGCAAACGUGUAAAACUCUUCAAGUCCGAAUGGAGAAGUAGAAAAAGGAGGUUUCUGCUGUGCCUGAUGACAAUUUUUGAUUUUUCCACACACACAAAAUAUCCUGGCUCCACGCUGGAGCACUAGUUGUGGUGAAUCCUAGGCUUGGUCGGAUUCUAAGGAAGGGCCAGAAGGUUCGUUGAGGAAUAAAGAGUCAAAACCACUCCAGAAAUGUGUUCCAGCCCUGGUUUAUUACUCACACAGCAGCAGGUAACCCGAUAGCUAAAGACAACUCAAGUCUAUCUCAAGGCUGAUAAUGCUAACAUAACAGGAAUUUCAUACCUCCCUCCAGGCAAUCCUUGAAGUGAGUUUACACUGCUGGGGUAUAUUGGCUUGUAAUCAGCAACAGCUUGAGAUCAAAACUACUGGAAAGUCAUUGUGAACUUUUUUGUCACAGAGAUUUCAACUGAUUGAACUAUGUACACUUACAAAAUUGCACUUGCUGAGGAAUUUAUGGCUGCAAUCUAAAGCGGUGAUGCUCAGAGGGUGUAGAAGAGGCAGCAAUCUUUCGGGUUCUCCAUUCCAGACUGACGGCUUUUCAUCUUUACAAAAGCAGUCUUCGAAAUGUACUGGUUCUUUCACUCUGAAAUGUUCCCUGGUUCUAUGUACAAAUUGCUGGUGGGACUGCACGCUACUUUAAUCAAAUUUAUGUUGCAGAACUUGUCCUCUGGCAUAGCGCAGUUUUAGACAUUUUUAUUUGUAUUUCUAAUCUUGGAUCUCUGAAAGGCUACAUGUUUCAACAUCUUGAAGUUGCUUUUGUUAUAGGAAUGGAAAUAUAUAUCCAUCGUUAAUAAUUAUUGUUGACAAGUAAUAGUUAUCGGAAUACAUCAAUCAUAUAAGAAUGUAUAGCCAGCCUGACAUGUUUCCCUAAGGCUAACCAACUACUGUAGCUCUUUGGCAGUUUCAUUAUAAGUAUUUUAUACCUUUAAAAAUAUACAUUUCCAUUUAGUUUGAAGAUGAUGGGUGUUUCUGGUAUGUCCUUUACUUUCUUAACCUUAAGUCCUUUCAAGUUGACAGUAAGCAGUAAAUGACAUUAGCUAGUCCCUUUUUGUAAAGGUAGACAGGGAUGCAUGCAAGUUUUACAAUUCUGAGAUUGGAUGGCAUUCAUUCAGAGUUUCUUUUAGUUAUUUAUUUUUUUAAACUAUCUCUUGCUUGAACACAAGUACUAUCUCGAUGCUUAUGUAGAUGUCUGCUCAGUCUGUUAAUAGAGGAAAAAAAUCUUUCCCCCCAAAUCUGAAGUUCAUAAAUGUUUUGCUUAUAGUUAUCCAGUCCAGGUCUUCUGGGACUUUCCAUAGUCAUUUCCCCUAAUUAACAUUUAUUUUCCUAUUUUCUAUUUCUGUAGCAAUUUUUUGUGAUGUACUGUUCUAUGAAAACCCUUAAUAUUUAAAGGCCUUAAACAUAUAUGAAUUUUGUUUCUAAGUUAUUACAGAAUGUAUAAUUUUAUACUCCAUUUAAUAUAUUCAGUACCACUGGUAAUACUAAGACAAAGGAACCCUGAUAAUUCAUUGUUGUACUGUAUUGAUGCUGCAUAAGCAUGCUGACCGGAGAGAGAGAGUGAGAGUUAGAUAGUAUGCUUUAUUGUCUAAAUAGAGUCAAAGACCACAGCAACUCAGACCUAGUGAAAAUAAUUGUGUGGGCAGUCUCAUUCAAAUGGCCUGCAUGGUUACCGGAAUGUUAAAAAAAGCGAGGGGAAGUCCUUUUAUAGUUACAACCCAUUGACAUGGCUAAUUAGAUAUAAAUUGGGUUCCAUGAUGUAUGAACACACUGGAGUGCUCUGGUUAGUCACAGUAUCCUAGGCUCUUCCAAGAUUAUUUCAUUAAACCUCCCGUGUUAUUGCACAGGAGAGCUAAAAAUUAAUGAUUGUUGGGAAUAAUUUGAGAUGUACAUUUCAUCAUUCUGCUGAGAAAUAAUCAAAAAUGUUGCCAGGGAAAGAUAUUCUUUUCUGAUUAAAAUUUAAUUUGGAUAAACUGUAGCACCACUAGCUAUCUCAGAUUUUUCAAAUGCAUUAAUAUUGUAUGGAUUUGUGCUAAAAGAGCAUCUUAAGGAGAAAAGUAAUUCCUUUGUUUGGAACAGUACCAAUUAUAAAUGUGUUAUUUUGUAGAAUAUGAGUUUGGCCUUAAUUUGAUCAAAAUACUGUAUCAUGCUUCUCAAUAUUUGUUUCCUUUGAAUUUGUUCUCUGAAUCAACACUGAAAAUACUGUAUUAUAUACAAGUGUAACACAUGCUUAUCAAUAGGUGAAAAUAAAUGGAUUUUCAAAUAUA